AUGGUUCAGUCAAAUGAUCCAUUUUGGCAUCAUGUUGAGAAGAUGAAGUGUAUGUAUUGCGGGCGUCAAUUUCCUAACGAUACUUCCAUUUCAAGGAUCAAAUGGCAUUUAUCAGGAGAGAAAGGGCAUGGUGUUGCAAUAUGUGGACAAGUGCCUAAACAAGUUCAAGAAGCAGCUUUUCUAGCUAUGCAUGGUGGCAAAAAAAGACAUAAAAGCAUAGCAAGUUCAAGCAAUGUUAAUGAUAAUGCCAUUUUAACCACUCCACAAGAACAAAACAAUGAAGUCGAAAAUUUGGCAGAAGAUGCAGGAAGGACACAAUCACCAGAUACAAUGGGUCAAGCACUUGAAUUAAGUUGGGUUGAGAUCAAUGAAAUGUUAAUGGAGGAUGAUAUAGAGAAUGGGACUGGAGGAGUAGUGCAGCCUGGUGGAGGAGCUAGCUCUUCUGGAGGGCUUACAGGCAACACAAACGAGACUACAGGAGAUCCAUUACCUACUAGCUCUACAAAGCUAGUGGGUCAAGCAUUUGAAGAGAAUAUGAAUGUGAUAUGGUCUUGGUUACUGGAUGAUGAAGUCUCAACCAUUGGUAUUUAUGGAAUGGGAGGAGUCGGUAAAACGACAAUGCUGCAACGUAUCCAUAAUGAGUUUCUAGAAAGACAAGACAUUUCUCAUUGUGUUUACUGGAUGACUGUGUCUCAAGAUUUCAGUAUUAAAAGAUUGCAAACUCUUAUUGCUAAAUGUCUUAGCUUCAAUCUUUCAAGUGACGAUGAAGAACUGCAUAGAGCUGUCAAAUUAUCGAAAGAGCUAAGGAAGAAACAAAAAUGGAUUCUCAUUUUAGAUGAUUUGUGGAACACUUUUGAGCUACACAAAGUGGGAAUUCCUGUCCCAGUGAAAGGUUGCAAGUUGAUUAUAACAACACGAUCAAAAAGGGUUUGUCAACAAAUGGAUAUCAAACAUAAAAUCAAGGUGAAGCCACUUUCAAAGACAGAAGCUUGGACUUUGUUCAUGGAGAAACUUGGACAUGACAGAGCACUUUCUCCUGGAGUGGAACGAAUAGCAGUAGAUAUUGCAAGAGAAUGUGCUGGUUUGCCUCUAGGAAUUAUAACAAUGGCGAGAACCAUGAGGGAAGUGGUUGACAUAUGUGAGUGGAAGAAUGCAUUGGAGGAAUUGGAAGAAUCAAAAGUUAGAAAAGAUGAUAUGGAACCUGACGUAUUCCACAGAUUGAGAUUUAGUUACAACCAUCUGAGUGAUUCAGCAAUGCAACAAUGUUUCUUGUACUGUGCAUUAUUCCCGAAAGACUUUGAGAUCCCUAGAGAAGAUUUGAUAGCUUAUUUGAUUGACAAUGGAGUGAUAGAAGAGUUGAAUAGCAGGGAGGCAGAAUUUAACAAAGGCCACUCGAUGCUUAAUAAACUUGAAGAUGUCUGCCUAUUGGAAAGUGCUAAGAAAAUGUUCGAUGAUUGUAGAUGUGUCAAGAUGAAUGGCUUGAUUAGGGACAUGGCGAUCCAAAUACAACAAGAGAACUCUCAAGAUUCAUUUUUUGAGAAAUUGCAUGGGCUCAAUGUUCUUGAUCUGUCUUAUACAAAUAUCACAAAACUGCCUGAUUCUGUCUCUGAAUUGGAAGUUAAGGCAUGUACCAUCAUUGAAAAAGCUCUGGGAACUGAAGAGGUUAGAUCUCUCUGGUACUUGGGCACUUGA